AAGAGCUCACUGUUGACAAAGGUGCCAUCUUGGGGAGUCAGAUGCGAGUGACGAGCGAAUUUCGGCCUUAAAAGCACAAUGUCUGACAAACAGGCUGAUCCCGACAUGAAAGGCUGGCUGUAUAAGUGGACCAACUACCUCAAGGGUUACCAAAAACGUUGGUUCGUGCUCUCCAAUGGCCUCCUGUCCUACUACAGGUCGCAGGCCGAGAUGCUGCACACCUGCCGCGGCACCAUCAGCCUGCACGGCGCCGUCAUCCACACGGAGGACUCGUGCAACUUCGUCAUCAGCAACGGCGGCACGCAGACGUUCCACCUGAAGGCGUCGUCGGAGGUGGAGCGCCAGAAGUGGGUCACGGCCUUGGAGCUCGCCAAGGCCAAGGCGAUCCGGCAGCUGGAGAGCGAGGACGAGGACGAGGAGGACGUGAGCGAGUCCGGCCGCGACGACGUGUCCAACACCCUGAAGGUGCUGACGGCCAAGCUGGAGGACCUGCGCACGUGCCACGACCUCAUCAUGAAGCACGGGGCGGCGCUGCAGAAGUCCCUGGCCGAGCUGGAGGCCCUGGACAGCACGCAGGACCUCACCGCCAAGAUCAAGACGGUCAACGAGAGGGCCACGCUCUUCAGGAUCUCGUCCAACGCCAUGAUAAACGCUUGCAACGACUACGUGGAUGUGAGUGGCACUGCUGGGCGCAAAUGGCAGCGUCUCUUGCAGCAUGAGCGUGACCAACGAUUGAGGCUGGAAGAUAUGGUGGAGCAGUUGGCCCGCCAGCAUUCACAUCUUGAGCAGGAGGCCAAGGAACAGAUGAAUCAGGCCAUGCCACCAGGGCUGCAAGGUCCCGUACCCAGCUCGGCACCAGUAGCUGUCAAUGAAUACCGACCUCCAGAUCCAAAUCCUGAACAGGUGAAGGAAGUACUUUCAGGUCACAGCCACAGCGAGGAUGAGGAGGAGAAUGAGUUUGAGGACGCAGUGGAAGAGCUGGCAGAGAACUUCAUUGUGCAUGUAAAUACAAGUCAGGCACACAGGAGGUCUAAUUCCAAUGUUUCUCAGGCGUCAGAAGGGCACGGUGUAGGAGACACAGUGUCCGCAUCCAGCAGCGAAGGAGACGGGCAGGACAACACCGUCCAGGUCAUCAUGAGGAAAGACAACAAUACAGACAGUAGUUAUAGCUUAAGUGAUGAAAUGGCAAGCUUGAAUGGAUCCCAAGCCACAACGCCCACUGAUGGCAUCGUUGCGCAGGCGAAUGGCCGGCCUAAGCGCCAGCGCAGAAUACGUGUCCCUGAUAAACCCAAUUAUCCCAUUAAUUUGUGGUCCAUCAUGAAGAACUGUAUAGGCAAGGAACUCUCCAAAAUACCCAUGCCGGUAAACUUUAGCGAACCUUUGUCCUUCUUGCAACGAUUAACAGAAGAUUUUGAAUACUCGGACAUCUUGGACAGAGCAGUUCAGAUUGAGGAUUCAUGCGAACAGUUGUCCCUUGUUGCUGCGUUCACUGUUUCGUCUUAUGCAACAACAGCAGUGAGAACUGCCAAGCCAUUCAACCCACUCUUAGGAGAGACCUACGAGUGUGAUCGCACCGACGACCUUGGUUGGAGGGCUCUCAAUGAACAGGUGUCGCACCACCCCCCAUUGGCGCAGUACGUGGAGGGCACGUCCGGGUGGCACAGCUGGCAGGAGUUCUCCAUGUCGUCCAAGUUCCGCGGGAAGUACCUGCAGAUCAUCCCGCUGGGCAUCGCGCACCUCAAGUUCCUCGCUUCCGGGAACCACUACACUUGGAGGAAGGUGUCGACCACCGUGCACAACAUGAUCGUCGGGAAGCUGUGGCUGGACAACCACGGCGAGAUGGAGAUCGUCAACCACAAGACUGGAGACAAGUGUUGCCUUAAGUUCAUUCCGUACUCCUAUUUCUCCAGGGAGAUUCCAAAGAAGGUAACAGGCUAUGUUGUGGACAGCGAAGGUACAUUUAAGUGGUUCAUCACAGGCACUUGGGAUGAGAAGAUAGAGGCCUGCCGUGUGACCUCUCAGUCGAUGAGGGCAGGCAAGCCGGUGUACGAGACUGGACCACCAAAAGUAUUGUGGAAGAGGAAUCCAAUUGUGCCUGAUUCAGAAAAAUACUACAACUUCACCAAAUUGGCCUGCCAGCUCAAUGAGCCAGAGGAGAACGUCUCACCGACUGACUCUCGACAUCGGCCUGACCAGAGGCUGAUGGAGGAGGGAAUGUGGGAUGAAGCAAAUGCCGAGAAGUUGAGGCUAGAGGAGAAACAACGAGCGACUCGGCGCAGACGGGAAGCGGAGGCCGAGCAGGCAGCAGCUGAAGGUCGUGAAUAUCCUCCCUAUUGUCCAACAUGGUUCGUAAAGGAGACGGAUGACGUCACUGGGGCUCUCAUCUUUAGGUUUACGCAUGAAUAUUGGGACUGCAAGGAAAAGCAGGAAUGGUCAAGAUGUCCAGACAUAUUUUAGUCCACGGACAGUGUCUAGUACCUGCCUUAAUAUAUUGCAAGUUUUUUCUCUUUGCCGCCCAACUGAUUUGGGACAGGCCGUUUGGAGGCAAUGUUGUCCCGUGCGUCAAUUGGUCAAAUUAUACAUGAGGUACAAUGUCUUGGAAGCUUGUAACUAUGAAUCUGUGAAAGUUGAAAGAUCAGUGAUGGGUUAUCUUUAUUAUUAUUUGAUUUUAUCCAUGUCAUUAUUCUUAUUUAUUUUUUUAUUAUACUCAAAAGACCAGUAUUUCAGCCAAAUUGAUUUGCAAAAGAAAACUACUAUUGUUCUUAUAUAAAUUAAAUAUAUAUAUAUAUAUAAUAUAUCGAGUCCUAAGCCCUUGUAACUUGUUCAUAAAUAGGACGUCUCCAAGGCAAGGCCUAGUUACGACAGCUCUAGGAGUCCUCAGCAAGGCUCGUGUGCACUUUAACACAGUGACAUGUUUUCUCCAUAUCAUGGACUCAGAAGUACCUACCAAGACUCCUGGUGCUAAUGCUUAUGUUUUAACCACAGUCUGGGGGUACUUCUCAUCUUGUGAUCCAUAUUAUAUGAUUGAAGUGACUGUAAAAGAGUUGAAAAGAAUGGUGUUCAAAUUGAAAAGUGACUUUUAUAAAAGAGUUUAAAUUGUAGUUUAAUGGGCCAGCUGUGAAUGGGAUGUGGCAUGAGACAUAUAUAUUGUAUGUUAUGUUAUAUAAAGUGUUCUCAGUUUGUAAGGCAUACAUUAUGGCUCAAGCCAAUGCCUUGUUGAGUUAGGUGUAAUUUAUGAUUUAUUAGAAUAAUGGGGCUUGUGCAACUCUUGCAGUGUCAGCUGCCCAAUUGUACAGUUGUAUUUUUUCCAAUUAUUCCCAAUUUGUAUUUGUUUAGGAAUAUGUAAAAAUAACAGGUGAAUAUAUUUUUUACCUUACCUAGGAAAUAUCAUACUAUACAUUUCUCUAAUAUUGUUUUGUGGCUGUAUCAGCUGUUGACUGUCAGCAGUUCUGUAAUACUUUCUAACAAAGGUGAAAGAUUACUUAUUUUCAAACAGAUGGAAGGUCAGAUGGCUGGCUGCCCAAGGAUGUUUGGGAGAGGUCGAUUCCUUACUGAGUAUUGCUUGUUAAGAACAUACUGUGUUGAUUUAUGAAGAGAACUACUUGUCUGUAACUUGAUCAGAAUUCUGUUUACCCAAAAAAAUUAAAAUAAAAGAAAAAUAAAGACACAUUUCACCAUUUUGUAGUAGGGAUCUGCUGGUGAUACUCUCUUGUUGUUAAUGGUGAUGUUAUACUGCAGAUUAACAUAGUUCUGAAAAUUUCUAAUUAAUGUUUUUUGUUGCUUUUAUUGAAAGAAACCACUAAUUUUAAUCAGCUAAGAUUUUGAGGAUUUAAUGGUCUGCAAGAAGAAAAGAACUGCACAUAGAUAGGACAUGAAGACUCUGUUUAUCUGGUUUGCCCCAUAUUUUUUCUCUUUAUAGAUAAUGCAGUAGGCAGGUGUUAACUGAUCAAUAAGUUAACAUGUUACAGUCAUUUUUAGAUGUGGCCAUCUGUCCUUGUAAUCUUAUUGUUUGCCAGUGGUUACGGGAAGAUUAAAUUGAUAUAAGCUCAAAAUUUCUUGUCUGUUUUGUGGUUGGAGCUACAGAGUUGAUUGGUUAAAAAUUGUCCUAUGUGGAGCCACUGGUUGCAUCGGUCAGCUGCUGUCCCUCACUGCAGAAAUCUAUUCCUUUUUUAACUAAAGAAUCAUCAACCAAAUUUGAUUUGCAUCCUAUGACUGCUCAAAGAAGCUUCUGGCUUCCCCUAACUUGUCACAUAUUUUUUUUUUUUAUGUAUUUAUGCAUUUUUCUUUAGGAAAUGAAAUGAAAGAAAUAGUUUUUGUGCUUUGUGUACUGGUAUUAGUUAUGUGAUUAACUAGGUUAUCACAAAGCUUUUUGAUUGUCAUUUAAAUAUCACAAACUCAGAAGUUGGAUAGUCAUGGUUAUAUAGUGUGCAAUUCUUCAUCUCCUCAGCUCCUGGUCUUGUUGCUUGGGAGUAUUUCUUUUGAUACACAAUGUUGUUCUGAGGUAUCUGUGGUCCAAGGGUUCCCCUGUUGAUCCAGGAUUUAAUUGUUAUCCCUAAGAUAUUCCUGCUGCUGCAGGGUGUCUGUUGCAUUAUGAUACCUCUUUGUCCCACAUAUAUAUAUAACUGGAGCUAUGAGGUAUCCCCACAGCUCUAGGACUAAAUUGUCUCGAUGAUAACCAGACAUAGUAGCCGAGUAGCUAGAGUUCCAAAGCAGUUUUAGUGUGACAAUUAUGUGUAGCCUAUUUCCUCCAUGGAUGCGUUAUAGGUAUGUAAUUUGUUACUGGAAGCUUUCCUCUGCCUACUCGGUAUGUGCUACAUUGAUAUCAAAUGUGCUGGGAAGAACUAUUGUGAUUUUUGUAGUCUUUUUGUCAGGUUUGUUCUUUUUUUUCUUCUUUUUUCACUUCAAGGAAUAAAGCCCCCUGAAGAUGACUUCAAGUGUCAUAAUAGUUAGUCUCUUCACACCUAGUUUGCCUGCUUGUGAUAAACCAAGGAAACAUAUGAGAGUAGGAGCAACCAAGGGCUCAGUAGGAAUACUAGACACCUUCAUCUGUACAUAUUCCCAUGUUAGGGGUGUGUGCUGACCAAUGGUACAGUCGGACCUCAUUAACACUGAAGUCCCCUCAUUUUGCUUAAUCUGUUCUGUUGAUUAACUCUUGCUUGAAUAACCGGAUCUGUAUUUGGAGAUCACCAUUUGAAUGAUAUAUUUUGCCUUGGAUUCUUGUGGUCAGUCUUAAUGAGGUUUACCUGUAAAAUGUUAGAGGACUUAGCAUCUUGAUUGAAUGGACUGAUUGAUGAUGUGCUCUUGUUGAAGCUUUAUAUGAGGAGAUGAACCAAGUCUCCUGUUAUUUUGAUGUAUGGCUUUUCAUGAACAUUUUAAACAUGAAUGAUUGGCAUCUUUAGGGGUAUUUUGAUUCCAAUGUAAGAAAAAUCUGCACUGAUAGUUUCCCAGAUGAUCAGUGCAUUCAUAGUUUUGAACACCCAUCGUAGCAGUCGUGUUGCUGCUGGUCAUAGUACUUUUACAAGGGAAAUAUUGUCUCAUGAGAGAUAUUGUUGAAUGGGAAUAUUUAAGAGUUAUUAUCAGUACAUUAUUCUUACAUAUAUAGUUUGUAUGAUGCGUUAAUUGCUUUUGUGAUAUACAAGAGAAAAUAAAAUGGGAGACUAGUAUUA